CGCGACAACCAUCACUCAACACUGGAUGCCGCAUUGCACUUCUUCCUAUGAGCUUCAUUGAGAUCAAGCUACCUUCUGGCAAGUCCUAUACCCAGCCGACAGGCCUCUUCAUAAAUAACAAAUUUGUCGAUGCCAAGUCUGCUCAGACCUUUGCAACGUUCGACCCUGCUACUGGCCGAGAGAUUUGCCAAGUCGCCGCCGCACAAAAGGAAGAUGUUGAUGACGCUGUUGCAGCUGCUAAAGACUGUUUCGAGAAUGUCAUGGAGAUGAUGGACCCUUCAGAACGAGGUAGACUACUAUACCGCUUCUCUGAUGCAAUUGAAGCAAACAAAGACAUCCUCGCAGCUAUCGAGUCUCUAGAUGGCGGAAAGCCUUUGCACAUCGUCCAAUCUGAUGAUCUGACUGAAGUCCUUGGCGUCUUACGCUACUAUGCUGGCUGGGCAGACAAGAUUCACGGCAAGCAUAUGGACACGGGGCCCGGUAAGUUGACCUAUACCGUGCACGAGCCAAUUGGCGUAUGCGGUCAAAUCAUUCCCUUCAACUUUCCACUCUCGAUGCUGAGCUGGAAGCUUGCUCCUGCAAUCGCUACAGGCAAUACUGUUGUCUUGAAGGUGGCAGAUCAAACGCCACUGUCUGCCUUGUACUUGUGCAACCUCAUCAAAGACAUCUUUCCGGCAGGAGCAAUCAAUGUACUCUCUGGACAAGGCGAUCCAGCUGGUACAAGCCUAGUGGCACAUCCGGAUGUACGCAAGAUUGCUUUUACUGGCUCAACAGCAGUAGGCCGCCAAGUCAUGAAAGCAUGUGCCGACUCACCAAUCAUCAAAAAAGUCACCCUUGAGCUCGGUGGCAAGUCACCUUUAAUUGUUGCGAAGGAUGCCAAUCUAGAGCAAGCAGCCAAAUGGGCUCAUUCAGGCAUGUUUUACAACAACGCGCAAGUGUGCUCGGCAACGACGAGGAUCCUCGUGGAUGAAUCUGUUUACGAUGCUUUCAGCAAGCUCUUUGUUGAGCAGACAAGCAAAGCUCGAGUUGGACAACCAAGUGACUUAGAGACUUUUCAGGGGCCCCAAAUUUCUGCCAAGCAGCAUGACAAGAUUUUGGAGUAUGUCGAAAGUGGCAAACAGGAAGGUGCGGAUGUACUGCUAGAUGGUGGCAAAAGCCAACAGACGGAAGGCUACUUUAUCGAUCCAGUCAUCUUUGGUAACGUCAAGCCAGAUAUGCGCAUCUCGCGUGAAGAAAUAUUUGGGCCUGUCGCCGUGCUCACUCCCUUUACGAGCAUGGAAGAAGCUAUCCAGAUGGCCAACGACACGAGCUACGGACUCGGCGCCGCAAUUUUCUCAGAAAGCAUCCGCACAGCCAACAAGGUGGCUCGAAAGCUAAAGGCAGGUCAAGUGUGGAUCAAUUGCACCAACGUCUGUCCAUGGCAAGUCCCGUUUGGUGGUUACAAGUCAUCUGGUAUUGGCCGAGAGCUCGGCGAAUAUGCACUCAGCAACUACACAGAAGUCAAGUCGGUCAUUGUCUGGCUUGAUGAAGAUAUUUAGUGUCAUAUAAUGAAUUAUGCCUGUAUGCUAUGUCAUGUAUUGCUCGCAGUCGCCAAAAAGAAUGUCGUUAAAGGUCCAAAGCCUACUUGAGUCCAAAGACUAGCUCGUGAAAGUCGAGUUCGCUGAUGAUGUUGUCUUGAGCGCUUGGGUUGUGAAAUUGGACGGCACUGAGUGUACGGUCGACCGGGCGAGUGCCAAAGGCCACAAUCUCGUCCUGUGCCUGUGCAAAAGAGGAGUCGACCAAAGUGAUGCCAUGUGCAGAGGCAGCGUGCUUGUGCGCAGCAGGCAAAGCCAUAGCCAUUGCUGAAGUAAACAGGCAAGCUGAAAAUAGGCUAGUCGUUGCAAUGAUUUGCAUAGUGAUAGGCAGCGUCUUGGCAGUGAAGUUGAAAAGAGUGUGGUAGAGAACGUAAAAGAAUGUUCUGCUAGCUUCUAGAGCUUCGAG